AUGGGGAGAUAUUUUGGCCUUCGAGGCAACUGGCUCAACUAUGCUAUAGGCAUAGUUGCAGGAUGUGAUUUCUUACUUUUUGGAUAUGAUCAGGGCGUGAUGGGCGGUAUUCUCACAAUGCAUCAAUUUCUUGAGGCUUUCCCGGAUAUAAAUCCAGACGCCGCGAAAGAUGCAACAGAACAAGCAAAGCGAGCCUCAACCCAGGGUAUCGCUGUUGCAGCAUACAAUCUGGGAUGCUUUGUCGGUGCGGUCGCUACUAUUUUUAUCUCCAACCCCCUCGGUCGAAGGCGAAUGAUUAUUCUCGGUACUUCAAUCAUGGUCAUCGGCGCUAUUCUACAGACCAGUGCCACAACGCUCCCUCAUUUCAUCAUCGGUCGUGUAAUUACCGGACUCGGAAACGGAGGUAACACAUCAACUGUCCCUACUUGGCAAUCGGAGACUUCUCGCGCCCACAAGCGAGGCAAGCUAGUCAUGAUAGAAGGUGCUUUAAUUACAUGUGGUAUUAUGGUCAGCUACUGGAUUGAUCUUGGUUUCAGUUUCAUCGACAGUAGUGUCGCUUGGAGAUUUCCGCUCGCCUUUCAAAUUGUAUUCUGCUUGUUCAUCUUGGCCUUCAUCUGGAAUAUGCCCGAGUCCCCAAGAUGGCUGAUCCUCAAGAACCACGAAGACGAAGCCCGAAAAGUCCUUGCUGCAUUAGGAGAUACCACAGUCGACUCCCCAGAAGUACAAAAUGAAUUUACUGCUAUCAAGGACACUGUCCUAGAGAUGUCUAAGGGCAGCUUUAGCGACCUUUUUACUAUGGACAAGGACAGGAACUUGCAUCGCACCUUGCUUGCUUUCGUAAACCAAAUGUUUCAGCAAAUCUCAGGUAUUAAUUUAAUCACGGAUGUUUCCAUCAGUUAUUAUGCACCAGUAAUUUACAGCGGACUCGGUAUGAGCGAUUUCAUGGCUCGACUACUCGCGGCGAUCAACGGCACAGAAUACUUCCUUGCUUCGUGGCCUGCUGUUUUCCUUGUCGAAAAGGUUGGACGCCGAAAGCUCAUGCUCUUCGGCGCCGCCGGCCAAGCUAUCAGUAUGGCUAUUUUAGCUGGUGUAAAUUCUGCACCUGAUAACAAAGCAGCCCAGGGCGUCGCCAUCGCCUUUCUAUUCGUUUUCAACACCUUUUUCGCCGUUGGUUGGCUCGGAAUGACUUGGUUAUACCCUGCUGAGAUCACAACUCUCCGGACCCGCGCACCGGCCAACGCGCUUGCUACUUCCUCUAACUGGAUUUUCAACUUCCUCGUCGUUAUGAUUACACCCAUAGCUUUCAACAGUAUUGGAUAUCAGACCUACAUCAUCUUCGCAGUGAUCAACGCGUUCAUGGUACCGUCGGUCUACUUCUUCUUCCCUGAGACGGCAUACCGGUCACUUGAGGAAAUGGACACCAUCUUCCACAAGGUACACGGUGCUAAGGGCUACUUUACGGUUGUAGACGUGGCUGAAAAGGAGCCCCGCCGCUACGGCAAGAAUGGCGAGUUACUCAUUGCCUACGAAGAGACGGAGGAGCACAAGGCCCACGUUGAGCGCCCCGUACACCACGAGGGCGGCGGAUCCGGAUCAGCCUCUCUGGCGACGGAUGUCGAGAAGGCCCACGGCGGCGUUUUUGUCGAAAACCGCGGUUAA